AUGGCCAGAAUUGAUCAAGCCACAUUUCUUCUCCUUCCUCUCCUAGUCCUUUUGCUGGUUAAAUCCUCUCAUGCUGCGGGUGGAAUUUCCAUCUACUGGGGUCAGAACGGCAAUGAAGGAACUCUAGCACAAACAUGUGCCACAGGAAGAUAUGCUUAUGUCAACAUAGCUUUCCUCAACAAGUUUGGCAAUGGUCAAACCCCAGAAAUGAACCUUGCCGGUCAUUGCAACCCCGCAAGCGGUGGUUGUAGAACUGUCAGCAGCGACAUCAAAAGUUGUCAGCAGCAAGGAAUUAAGGUGCUGCUUUCUCUUGGUGGUGGCAUUGGAAACUAUACUCUAGCCUCUAAAGGUGAUGCCAGAAAUGUAGCAGAUUACUUGUGGAACAAUUUCUUGGGAGGAAAGUCAUCUUCUCGUCCCCUAGGUGAUGCUGUUUUGGAUGGCAUUGAUUUUGACAUAGAGCAAGGAUCGACUCUAUAUUGGGAGGAUCUUGCUCGUUGUUUAUCUGAAUAUGGCAAGCAAGGAAGAAAAGUGUAUUUAGCAGCAGCUCCUCAGUGUCCAUUCCCAGAUAGAAAUUUAGGGACUGCCCUUAAUACUGGUCUUUUUGACUAUGUUUGGGUUCAAUUCUACAACAACCGGCCAUGCCAGUACAGUUCAGGUAACAUUACUAACCUCGUAAAUUCAUGGAACCGAUGGACUACGUCAAUAAAUGCCGGAAAGAUGUUUCUAGGGUUGCCGGCAGCUCCUGCUGCAGCUGGAAGCGGUUACAUCCCACCAGAUGUGUUGACUUCUCAAAUUCUGCCGGUGAUAAAGAAGUCACCUAAGUAUGGAGGUGUCAUGCUUUGGUCAAAGUUUUGGGAUGAUCAGAAUGGGUACAGCCACUCCAUUCUGAGCAGCGUAUGA